UUUUAUGGUGGGAUUGCAUACAAUCGUGAGCACAUACAGUAUGUAUAUAAACAAUCCUCUACUCUCCGAGAUAAUAAUGUGAACAAAUUGUUGUGUGUGUCAGCGAAUGUAACGUUCACUCCUUACCUGUGUGAGAUGAGUCAAGCAGACAGACACGCCCUCCUGAAAUAUGACACAUUAGUUCUGAAGCGUUGGAUAAGUGAAACAACCCAACUUUCCUUUGAGAAGGGUGGUGCCGCUUCUGUAAACGAACUUGAACAUACAGAAAGCUUCUGACCAUGGGAGACAUAAACAAAGGGAAGAAGGUUUUUGUUCUGAAAUGUUCCCAGUGUCACACUGUGGACAAAGGCGCGAAACACAAAGUGGGGCCCAAUCUGUGGGGUCUGUUUGGGAGGAAGACGGGACAAGCACCGGGCUUCUCUUAUACACAGGCAAACAAGGAGAAAGGUAUCGUAUGGGGUGAAGACACUCUGAUGAUUUACCUUGAAAACCCAAAGAAAUAUAUUCCGGGGACCAAGAUGAUCUUCAGUGGCCUCAGAAAGAAAAAAGAGAGGCAGGACAUCAUAGCAUAUUUAAAGGAUGCCACCUCACCUAAAUAGGCACACGUGGCCAUGUAUGCUGUAACUGUGGACAACCAUUUUUUUAAAAUGUUACUGUACAUGUUGCUUUUUUGCAAGCAUUGACAACUCCAACUCUAAAUGUUACCAUGGGCACAUUGUUACUCUUAGACCUGUAUGUUUAUUCUAUUUUUUUUAUAAAGUGGUCUCUGUGUUUUCCUGUUUACAGCCCUCUUUGUAAUUCCCAAAUAAUUACAUUUUUGUAUUUUGUACUUUCUACAAUCCGGCCGAAUACAAUGCAAACUCGAUCAUUUUAUUUGAUAUGUACGGUACCUAAACAUUUGCAAUACAAUAAAUUAUUUUAUAUCCUUUUAUUUAAUUUGUUUAUACUAGUUGGGCAGUUUCAAAAUGUAGAAUCUAAAUGGAUGAAUGCGUUAAAGGGAAGAACGAGACAGCCUAACGAAGAAAACAGUUGCAUAUUCAUACAUUUUGAAUCUCUGGGGACGUUAAAUUGGUGGCAGUCAUAAGCAGGAUUCUAAUAUCACAACUGAAAAGCAUGCAU